UUUGCAAUCUGAGCCUGUCCUGCAGAUAGCAGCCUACAGUCUCCGGUACUCUUCUCAGUCAAACUCACGGAAUAUUUCCCUCCGGUUUGGGUGUCCAACGGAACCGAAGCAGCCAAGCAGGAGUUUUCCCACAGCAGCAUCUGUGCUACAUUGUAGCUGAGGAAAUAUAUUCGGGUUUUUACGAGCAAAAAAAAGAAUUAAAAAAUCAAGAAAAUGACACAUUUUAAUAAGGGGCCAGCCUACGGAUUAUCUGCUGAAGUGAGAAGCAAAAUUGCUCAGAAAUAUGACACACAAAAGGAGGAGGAGCUCCGUUUCUGGAUUGAGGAGGUGACCGGAAUGUCUAUCGGAGAGAACUUCCAGAAAGGCUUGAAGGAUGGAGUCAUCCUCUGCGAAUUGAUCAAUAAGCUGCAACCUGGUUCGGUAAAGAAAAUCAACCUUUCCCAGCUCAACUGGCACAAGCUGGAAAACCUUGGGAAUUUCAUCAAAGCUAUCCUGGCCUUUGGCCUAAAGCCCAAUGACAUCUUUGAGGCCAAUGACCUGUUUGAAAAUGGGAACAUGACUCAAGUCCAGACCACACUGCUCGCACUGGCCAGCAUGGGAAAGACCAAAGGUAUGGACUCAAAGAUUGACAUCGGGGUGAAAUAUGCAGACAAACAGGCUCGACAUUUCGACGAUGAGAAGAUCAAGGCCGGUCAGUGUGUCAUUGGACUGCAGAUGGGGACAAACAAGUGUGCGAGUCAGGCUGGAAUGACUGCCUACGGAACCAGAAGACAUCUGUAUGAUCCAAAGACUCAGUCUGACAAACCCUAUGACCAGACCACCAUCAGCCUGCAGAUGGGAACCAACAAAGGAGCCAGCCAGGCGGGCAUGUCAGCCCCCGGUACCCGCAGAGACAUCUAUGACCAGAAGGUGGUGCAGCAGCCGCUGGACAACUCCACCAUCUCCCUCCAGAUGGGCACCAACAAGGUGGCGUCUCAGCGGGGCAUGAGUGUGUACGGCCUGGGGCGGCAGGUCUAUGACCCCAAGUACUGCGCCCCGCCGACGGAGCCGGUCAUCCACGCCAACGGCAGCCAGGGCACCGGCACCAACGGCUCGGAGAUCAGCGACAGUGACUAUCAGGCCGAGUUCCCGGAGGACGAGUACCACGGAGGCUACCAUGACGACUACAGCGCCCAUUACAACGAUCAGGGCAUUGACUAUUAGCGGAGACCUCCCCUCCCCCCUCCAGAUCAGUAUUACCUUAGUGUACUCUUAUCAACUACGCAACAGAGCAAAUCUUUUGCUAUCCUCACUAGUCUUUUUCUUCUCUCCGAGCAUACGAUGAAUUGUUGCCUUGAGUGCUUUUCCUUCUUCACCUAGACUCUUUAAUCUGAGCAGCAAAGGGUUGUGAGAAGCGGUAGUGGCAUAGAAUAAUGAUACAGUGCUGAUAAAUGUUUUUACGGCAUUGUUUUUUUUUAAUACCCCACUUUUUAAAUGUGUUUUAAUGAUGGAACACUGAAGUAGUGAUAACUCUGUGGACCGAUAGCGUCAGGUGAAGCUGCUGCAUUCCAGUGUUUGCAUUCCACGACUGAAACUGGACUGACUAUCCACGCAAAGAGAAUUCAUCAAUAGGCUGAUCUCAGACACGCACACAGUACACACAUACAGAGAUUCACCGAUUAUUAUAGUUAGAUAAGAUUUGAACCAGCCGAGGGCAGUAUCCCUGACGCCACUUUUCAAGGCAAACUCUUAAAAUGUUUGGCAUUAAUUAGGGCUGCCCCACCUCUUAGUCGAUUAGUCGACUCAUCGUUCGUUUUGGUCUUAGUCGACUAAGAUUUCUUUAGUCCGUUAGUCAUUUUUUCAUGCUGAAUGACUUCUUUCCAAGAAACUUCCGAGCACGUCUCUGGUAAACACAAGAAAGAUUUUUAAACCAUGUUUUUGCAUGAUUCUUCCGUCAGUCAACAAAAUCACGAGUGCUAAGCCCAGUUCAGACCAAAGAUUUGCGACGAGACAAAACUGUUUUAGAACAUCGUAGACAAAAUCGGUCUGAACCGGCCCGUCUAGUAAAGUCAGCUACAAUAAAAUGAUCCACAAUCCAUGUUAUUUCUGUUACAAACUGUUAACGGAGGCUCAACGCCCUGAAUCAGAGAAAGAAAACGUGUUUUCGCCAAUUCAUCACUAGAAAUGUAACUGCAGCAAGCAUCUCACUAUCACUAACGUUAUCCACAUUCAUAUUUAGACGCAACAAAUGAAAUAUUCAGCUUUAAAAUGCCUGAAAGUCGGAAGUUAGGACGGAAGUACAAAGAGCCGUUGCCAUGGAGAUGAUACCCCGUCCCGUCUCGUCUCAUUGGUGUAAACUGGCAGCUUUCAGAACGCUGCAGACCGACGUGCUGCAAGCAGUUGCAAGUUUACCCUCGUCUCGUCACGAAUCUUUGGUCUGAACUGGACUUAGUUGACUAAGACAGCCCUACUGAUCUCUCCUCUGUGUUCCGUCUGUAUUCCGCCACGGUUUUUGAUACUGGUAUUCCUUUUUUUAAACUACAUUUAAUCACUAGAUAGUGUUUUUAUUUUUUAAAUGAUGAGCGGCUGGUGGCUGUUCGGAUAGUGCAGAUGACCAAAGUACAAUGUCUCUCAUUGUAAAACAGUCCACUGUUAUAUUGGUCGUAAAGAAAUGGUAUGUUAUAAAUAAAGCCUUAAAUUCUUCAAUU